GACUAUGGUUUACUAAUGGCAAAUUAUUUUGGAUAUUCUAUUUUAGGCUUAUUUGUAAAGCUAUUUCCAAAUUUUUCAGAUAUUCAGUUGAUGAUGCAUGGGUUUGGGGACUGCCGUCGCCCAUUACUUGAAACAGCUGCAGUUAUUGAGUCAGUUGUGCACCAACAGAUGACUCUUUUUUUGCACCUUGCAACAGAUAUUUCAGAACAAAGAGGAAGCAAAGUUGUAGGUCCAGAGGACAUAUUAUUUAUUAUGCGCAAAGAUCCAGUCAAAUUGCAACGAAUAGUGCACUAUAUGGGAGUUCGUGAUCUUUACCAGCGUGCACGAACUAGCACUUCAGGUUCAUCUGCAAGUGAGCUACAGGAAUUAAGCACUGAGGGUGGUGGAGAAAUUUCCAGAAAAAAAAUAUGCACCAAUUUUCUUCAAAGUAUUGAUCAGACUGGACAGUAUGAACCUCUCUAUUCAUCAUCCAUAUUUGAUCCAGUCAAGAAUGAAAGGGCCCAUCGAUUGAACGUUAUGACACAGUAUAUGGCAUGUCAAAUCAGAGGUAAAGAGUACUGUGAGGCUAGAAGAGCUUCAUUUUGUCCAAGGCUGAGAGUCAACAAAUUCCGAGAAUGGCUUCUCCGUGAUGACAAUAGUGAAGUGAAACUCUCACAGCUUGUGUUGGAAAUGCUAAAUCGCUUAGCAUAUGAAACAGUUGCUCAGAUUGUAGAUCUUGCUCUUCUAGUGAAGAGAGAUGCUAUGGGCCGUAAUUCUGACCUCUCCCGCUUCCGCACACCUACUGUUCUCAACCCUGACUAUCCAUGUGUGUUUAUUCAUCAGAGUGGCUCACUGCAGGAGGUAGGAUCUGGUGAAGACCACAGUAUAGGGAUGGACCCCAUAACACCUGCAGAGGUGAGGGAAGCAGUCCGAAGGUAUUGGGCCAACAACUCCCCACUUUCUCCAUUCUCGAAGACAAGAUCACCAAUUGAGACAAGGCUCCUGGCUGCUUAG